UGUUACUCAAUUUGAUAUAAAAUCGUGGAUAAGUUAAAUAAAAAGUUCAUCUGACUGAAUGAAUUAUAUGAAUUGUUCGGAAUUUAAUUUUCAGCUGCACUUAUACAAAUAAUUAAAGGUUUGGCAACACUUUAUUUUUUUAAGUGAUAGAAGGACAGAAGACAGCUUGCCAAUGAUUUUGGCGCGCAUUUAAAAUAAAUGUUCAACAAUGCAAAAAAGUAUAACAUCCUUUUUUAGCAGAGUUUCUGCAAAAAACGAUAAAACCGAAAAUGAUAAUGGGUAUGUUCAUUUUGUCUUAAAACUCAAAGAUGUCCAUUUUUCGGUGUUUACCUUACAAAUGUUUAAUUAAUAGCCUUAAUAAUAAGAAUAUCUUACUUAUAUCCAUUUGCGAAAAGCACUGUAAAAAAAGUAAUCAGUUAAAGAAUGUUAUUAACAUAAAACCUGGCCGAAAACUUGGAAGAGAAAACCAAAAGAUUGUACAAGAUACAUCAAUCAUUCACCUGAUACCAACUACAGACGAAAAGCUUAAAACUAUUGCAGAUCCUUCUACAGAUGUAAGAGAUAGAUCUCCUGUUAACAAUAAAGAAGAAAUCAAUGAAAGUACUUCUCCAAAUUUGGUUAGAGUUAAAAAGAAGGCUAAAAGAUCAAGGGUGUUAAGUAGUGAUGAAUCAUCUGAUCAAGAAGAACAAGACUUAAAACUAAAUGAAAAAGAAACUACCAGGCAAUCUUUGACAAAGAAGCAGAAAAUACAAGAGGAUUCCUCUAAAUCGGAAAAACUAGUUGAUAAAAAAGAAUCUCCUAAAAGGAAAACAAAACUAGAAACAUCACCAACCAAAGAAAAAUCCCCCAAAGCAGAUUUAGAGAAAAAGAAAAAUGGACAAGAUAAACCUAAAGUAGAAGCUGGCCAACUUGAUUUUGGCCUUGUAAGAUCUGAUGUCUCAAAGAACAAUGAGAAAGGAGAAAAGACAAUUUAUAAACCUGCUGUAUCUAAAUAUCAUCCAAUUGAGGAUGCUACAUGGAGUUAUAAAGAAAAAGUUCCAUAUAGUGCUUUGUCAAGAACAUUUGAAGAAAUUGAAGAUAUAUCAGCCAGAUUAAAGAUUAUAGAAAUUCUCAGCAAUUAUUUUAGAUCUGUUAUUGUUUUGUCUCAAGAGGAUUUGCUUCCAAGUGUUUAUUUGUGUUUAAAUAAAUUAGCACCUGCUUAUGAAGGUAUAGAACUUGGUAUAGCAGAAACAAGCUUAAUGAAAGCAAUAGCUCAGUCUACAGGAAGGACACUUGCUCAGGUCAAAAGUGACUCUAAAGAAACAGGAGAUUUAGGCCUGGUUGCUGAGAAGUCAAAAUCAAAUCAAAAAAUGCUUUUUAAACCAGCAAGAUUGACGGUAAAGAGCGUUUUCGAUAAACUCAAAGAAAUAGCCAAAAUGACAGGUAGUACAUCCCAGUCUAAGAAAGUAGAAAAAAUUCAAACUAUGUUUGUUGCUUGUCAAGACGCCGAGGCCAGAUAUUUAAUAAGAUCCCUAGCUGGUAAGCUUAGAAUAGGUCUUGCAGAACAAUCUGUGCUGCAAGCUUUAGCUUUGGCUUGUGCUAUGACUCCAACAGGUCAAGAUUACCCAGCGAAGAUUUUGAACAGAGCUAAAGAAAUGGGCGCAGACUCUUUUAAAACAGAAUAUGAUCGUUUUAGCCUUAUUUUAAAAACAGCCUAUUGCGAGUGCCCUAGUUAUGAUAAGAUAAUUCCAGUAUUAUUAAGUACAGGCAUAGAAAGUCUACCGCAGCAUUGUAAACUAACCCCUGGCAUACCCUUGAAACCCAUGUUGGCGCAUCCAACUAAAGGCAUUCAAGAAGUUUUACAAAGAUUCGAUGGGUUGAAAUUUACUUGUGAGUGGAAGUACGAUGGAGAAAGAGCACAGAUUCAUAUUGAUGAUAAAAAAGUCAGUAUUUUUAGCAGAAACCAAGAGAAUAAUACAUCAAAGUAUCCAGAUAUCAUAAAUAGAUUAGAAAAUUGCAAAACUGAUGAUAUAAAGACUUGUAUAAUUGAUAGUGAAGUCGUGGCUUGGGAUAGAGAACAAAAACAAAUUUUGCCGUUUCAAGUUCUUAGUACAAGAAAAAGGAAGGAUGCAAAUGAGAAGGAUAUAAAAGUACAAGUGUGUGUUUUCAUGUUCGACUUGUUAUAUUUCAAUGGCGAAUCUUUAGUUAGGGAACCCUUUAAAAAACGCAGAGAACUUUUACAAAAACACUUUAAAGAGGUAGAAGGCGAAUGGAUAUUUGCAAAACAUCUUGACACCAGCAAAAUGGAAGAAGUUCAAGAAUUUUUAGAUGACAGCAUAAAAGGUAAUUGUGAGGGUUUAAUGGUGAAAACUCUCGAAAAAGAUGCCACUUAUGAAAUAGCGAAAAGAUCUCGUAACUGGCUAAAAUUAAAAAAAGAUUAUUUAGAUGGUGUCGGCGAUACUAUAGAUGUAGUCGUUAUUGGUGGUUAUAUAGGGAAAGGCAAACGUACAGGACAUUAUGGAGGGUUUCUAUUGGCUUGUUAUGAUAAGGAGAGUGAAGAAUUUCAAAGCAUUUGCAAGAUUGGAACAGGAUUUAGUGACGAAAACCUGUCAACUCACUCAGAAUUCUUGAAAAGUCAUAUAAUUUCCCAACCAAAAUCUUAUUAUAGAUUUGACAGUUCUUUGGAGCCGGAUCAUUGGUUUGAUGCUGUACAAGUGUGGGAAAUUAAAUGUGCCGAUUUGUCUGUGUCUCCCGUCCAUAAAGCAGCAAUAGGCAUUGUGGAUCCUGAAAAAGGCAUUUCACUUCGUUUUCCGAGAUUUUUGAGAAUAAGAGAGGACAAGACUGUUGAAGAAGCUACUAGUUCACAACAAAUUGCUCGCAUGUAUUCCAGUCAGGAGCAAGUUAAAAAUCAGCAACAGACAACGAAGUUUGAAGAUGAUGAUUUUUAUUAAAUAUUUUAGAAACAUUGGUCAAAUAUUUAUGUAUGUAAUUUGGUUGAUAUGGGCUGAGAAUUUAUGAAUUUUUAUGUAUUUAUUAUCAGUUUGUAUUAUUUAAUAGAUCACUUUUAUUAUAUAUUUUUUUAAAUGUAGGUUUUACUAGGUUAUACAGAGUAUUUGAACACCUUUAGGAGUUUAAGAUGUUGGACCGAUUUUUUUAAAAUUUUGGUGUGUUUAUACAAAGUGUUUCAAAAAAACAUGGCAUACAUUAUAUGACUGAAGGAACUCUGAAACAUAAAAAUGUCUCUAUUUUAAAAAAGAUUUUUUUUAUUUAAAAGGCUUCUUCCACAACGGGACAUUUUCCAUAGCUUUGAAAUUAGUAUAAAUUUUUUACUAAACUUGGGACAGUUUAAUUGUUUUAAGACAUAAAAUGCAAAAAAAUUAACUCACUAUUGCCAGAGGUGUAUCGCAGCAGUAGGGGACCUCUUAACUCCCCUUAUUUUGUAAAAUUUUUGGUUGCGUUUUUGAAUUUGGCUAAGCUAUUCGUACAUAAUGUAUUAUUAUUUCACUUCUCUAAAGUGGAUAUUUUUCGAUAUAUUUGUACAUAAAAACUAGUUUGCAAUAAUACAAAUUGAGAUGUAAAAAUACGGAAAACUACUUUGUAGGUCCGCGGCGAUGGGACGAAAGAUGAGAAGUAAGAGAAGGGAUAAAGAGAAGAAUUUUACAUAGAUACAACUUUUUUUAUCAAUUAAUAAAUGUGUAAGACGCUGUGCGCUUAUAAUAAACAACGUAAAUAUCCAUGCCGGUGUAAGCUCUGUUGCCACUUCCAAUCUAACAUGACUAGGUUUUGGAACUCAUUGAAAAUUAUUACAGCUAAUUUAGUUAAAUUUGAUAUAACUAGUGAUUCAA